GGGUUAUGGUAUUGUGCUGUUUGUUUUUUUUUUUUCAUUUUUUUUCUUUUUCAUUGUUUCUCGUUGCGAAGACCUGAGAAAAUAAGGAACAAUGAACGACUCCACGAGUUUUCUCCUUCUCGCUGUUCUCGUAAUCUCCUGCUUCGCGACCCACGUGAGAUCGGAUGGUUCCGAUCACCGUUACAAGGAAGGAGAUGGAGUUCCUCUCUAUGCCAACAAGGUUGGUCCUUUUCACAACCCCAGUGAAACUUAUCGCUAUUUUGAUCUGCCCUUCUGUUCAGCAGGUCGUGUGAAGGAGAAGAAGGAAGCUCUUGGUGAGGUGUUGAAUGGAGAUCGUCUUGUUAGCGCUCCCUAUAAACUUGACUUCAGAAAGGAGAAGGAUUCUGAAGUUGCCUGUAAAAAGAAGCUGUCAAAAGAAGAAAUUGUUCAGUUUCGAAAUGCUGUGAAAAAGGAUUACUACUUCCAAAUGUAUUAUGAUGACUUGCCAAUCUGGGGUUUCAUAGGCAAGGUUGACAAGGAAGGAAAAACUGAUCCGAGUGAAUACAGAUAUUUUCUAUACAAGCAUAUCCAAUUCGACAUUCUCUAUAAUAAAGAUCGUGUGAUUGAAAUCAGUGCCCGGAUGGAUCCUCAAUCUGUGGUUGACCUGACAGAGGAUAAGGAGGUCGAUGCUGAUUUCAUGUACACCGUGAAAUGGAGGGAAACAGACACUCCCUUUGAAAAGAGAAUGGAUAAGUAUUCACAAUCUUCUUCACUGCCACAUCACUUGGAAAUUCAUUGGUUCUCGAUCAUAAAUUCAUGUGUAACAGUGCUGCUCUUGACGGGUUUCCUAGCAACAAUUCUCAUGCGGGUUUUGAAGAAUGAUUUCAUGAAGUAUGCACAAGAUGAGGAAGCAGUUGAUGACCAAGAAGAGACAGGAUGGAAGUACAUCCAUGGAGAUGUUUUUCGGUUCCCAAAGCACAAAUCAUUAUUUGCUGCUGCCCUUGGUUCUGGCACUCAGUUGUUCACUCUUACAGUAUUCAUUUUCAUGCUUGCUUUGGUUGGUGUCUUCUAUCCAUAUAACCGAGGAGCUUUAUUCACUGCUCUGGUUGUUAUAUAUGCACUCACAUCUGGAAUUGCUGGAUAUACAGCAACUUCUUUCUAUUGUCAGCUUGAAGGAACUAACUGGGUGAGGAACCUAUUGCUAACAGGGUGCCUCUUUUGUGGACCUUUGUUUCUCACUUUCUGCUUCCUUAAUACUGUUGCAAUUGCGUAUAGUGCAACUGCAGCGCUUCCUUUUGGAACUAUUGUGGUAAUUGUUCUGAUAUGGACAUUGGUAACAUCACCAUUGCUUGUAUUGGGUGGUAUUGCUGGGAAAAAUAGCAGGGCUGAGUUUCAAGCUCCCUGCCGUACCACAAAGUAUCCUAGAGAGGUUCCGCCUCUCCCAUGGUACAGGGGUACCCUUCCUCAGAUGGCAAUGGCAGGGUUUCUCCCUUUCAGUGCUAUUUACAUUGAGCUUUACUAUAUAUUUGCCAGUGUAUGGGGUCACAGGAUUUACACCAUUUACAGCAUUCUGUUUAUUGUUUUCAUCAUUCUCUUGAUUGUCACCGCCUUCAUAACUGUGGCUUUGACCUACUUCCAACUUGCUGCUGAAGAUCAUGAAUGGUGGUGGAGGUCUUUCUUAUGCGGUGGAUCAACUGGCCUGUUUAUCUAUGCCUACUGCUUGUAUUAUUACUAUGCUCGAUCAGAUAUGUCUGGUUUUAUGCAGACCUCAUUCUUCUUUGGUUACAUGGCUUGCAUCUGCUAUGGCUUCUUUCUCAUGCUUGGGACUGUUGGAUUCCGCGCUGCUUUGCUCUUUGUUCGCCAUAUUUACAGGUCAAUCAAGUGUGAGUAGUACGUGGGUUUUAUCUUUCUGGUAAAUUUAUCUUUGUUUUUCCGUUACAUCAUAGAGAAAAAGGUCUAUGAUUUUUGUUAGAAGAUUAGGUUAGAAAGGAGUGCUUUCAGAAGCAGAGGAAGCAGACUUGGAAGAAAAUUGGGUCUCUCUUAGGUCCUCUUUAGUUUGCUGCUUCAGGCCUUGGGAAGAUUUACUUAUGUUGGCUAUAUCUAAUAUAUGUAUGUAGGACAUAUUGAUGUGGGGAACGGCUUGUACAACCACAUUUACCUUUCUUUGUAAUGACUUUUUUUCUUCCCAUUUUACUUUAAUGUAAUCAGCAUUUUAAUUUCUUCAUGCA